AUGCCUAAGAAGUCGUCUACAGUUUCGACUGCUCAAAAGAGCCAAAGGUACUCCCUCAGGGUGUCGCUGAAGAAAACGGGAUAUCUAACUGAAACCAGUGAGUCUGAAGAGUAUGAAAGCAGUUCCUCUUCAGACUCUGAAGUGGAGAAACCACCUGUGGUGGCACCAAGUGAUUCUGAGGACGAGUCGCCAAAUGAAUUCUUACAAAGGAGAGCCAAGAACAUCAAGGAUAACAAGGCCAUGCUUGCCAAACUUAUGGCAGAACUGGAGAAGCUCCCAGGAAAUCUGCAGCCAGAAUCUACUGAGCAGAAUGGCAACACCCCGAAGUACAAAAGGCGUCCUCGUGAAUCUCUUGCUGGUGUUGAACCAAGAAGAAAUCCAGAAAGAGCCAGUCGACGUUUGACACGCUCCAUGGGAGGGGUGCUGCCUCCAUCACCAGAAAAGCAGAACAAACUGCAGAGUCUUGAAGAUCAAUUGUUGGAGGAGGGAGAGCCGAUAAGAAGGCGGCGAUCUACUCGGUCCAGCAUUCAUACCAUUCCCCAUGUUGUACGACCAGUGGAGGAGAUCACAGAAGAUGAAUUGACUAAUGUGGCUGAUAAUGUGAAGGAGAAGGUGUACAACACUGUGCAUGGUUCCACAUGUCAUCAGUGCCGACAGAAAACUAUAGACACAAAAACAAACUGCCGCAACAAAGAGUGUCGUGGAAUCCAAGGACAGUUCUGUGGACCUUGCCUUAGGAACAGAUAUGGAGAAGAUGUGCGCAAGGCUCUUCUAGAUCCUAAUUGGAUCUGCCCAACAUGCAGAGGGAUCUGUAACUGUAGUUUUUGCCGCCAACGAGAUGGACGCUGUGCCACUGGCAUCCUCUUUCCUCUGGCUCGUUACCGUGGCUACAAUGACGUUCACUCAUAUCUUAGCGGGUAA